AUGAUUCAGGCUACAGAUAUUGAUGGUAAAGGUAACAAUAGUAAGAUAACUUACAGUAUAGAACUACCAUGGAAAGCCAAUUUUUCAAUUGGUAAUGGAGGUAAAAUUACAGUUAUUGGGGCAUUAGACAGAGAAUCAAUAGAUGACACAGAAGGACACAUAAAGUUUGUUGUCAUAGCAACUGACCUUGGUCUGCCAUCAUUAACAGGAACAACAGAGGUCACUGUAGAGGUCACAGACAUCAAUGAUAAUUGUCCCUACAUUAACACACAAGAUCUAAGGUCUACAUACUUGUUUAAAGAACUUGAAAUUCCUUCAAACUUUCAUCAUAUUCAGGUGGAAGACAUGGACAAGACUGAUGUGAAUAGAAAAAUGUCCUACUCAUUUAUUGGUAGUCAUACUGGAUUUACUAUCGACCAAAAUUCAGGCAAUUUGUCUGCAACAGAAGCCUUAGCAAUGGAACAUACAAUCAAUGGUCAGAUCAAACUGACAAUUACUGUGUCAAACAAUCCUACAUGUUUAAAAAAUAUCAGAGCCACUCAGACUGUUGUUAUUAAUGUACAGAUGUUCAUAAUAAACCAGUUAACAGGAGAAAUAACUGUGAGUGCUACCACAGGAUUGGAUUAUGACAACGAUGUACAUAGUUAUAUGUUACAAGUCCUUGCUACAGACAAUGGAAGUCCUAAGUUAACAGGGACAGCAGUAGUUGAAGUUGAUGUCCACAACAAAAAUGACAACUCUCCUUCCUUUAGUAACAAAACCUACACAUUUAAAGUAAUGGAGGAUGCCCCAGUGUUGACAAUGGUGGGAAUUAUACAGGCUUCAGAUAAAGAUGGAGAUGAUCUUAAAUACUCCAUAGCUAGUAAUACUCCAGGUAUAGCAUACUAUGAUGAGUUUUCCCUAGAAUCUGACACUGGACUUUUAACCUUAAAAUCGUCACUUAUAGAUAAGACCAAAAUAACAUUUACAGUACAGGCAAAAGAUUCAAACAAAACAGGCACAGCUACAGUAAUAGUCAAUGUAAUAGAUGUCAACAAUCACCCACCCAUGUUUAAACAAAAGGUUUAUUACAGAGAUGUAGCUGAGAAUGAUGAUAAUUUCACUGUAACUACAGUCCAGGCUACAGACAAAGAUAACAGUCCAGGAAACAAAAAUAUAUCAUACAGUAUUGGAAGCCCUUGGAAUACAAACUUUACUGUUGAUUCUAAAACUGGUAAAGUUAAAGUAAAAGGUCACCUUGACAGAGAGCUAGUAGAUGACAGUGGUCUGAUUACAUUUGUUGUCAUGGCAACAGAUCAAGGAAAUCCACCAUUGACAGGAGCAGCAGAGGUCACUGUAAAAGUUACAGACAAAAAUGACAAUUGUCCAUAUUAUAUAGACAAAGAGGUUACCUACUUGUUCAAGGAAUAUGACCAACCAGUGUUUCAUAACUUUAUGUUAGCCUAUUUUUGA